AGGUACCAGGCAUCAAGUUGAGAUAUUUGAGCGGAGCGGUUGAGCUGGGGUGUGUGUCUGACCAACGCUUGGAGGGAGGCAGGUGCAGUUCAGUACCGCCUUGUAGGCUAGUACCAUCGUCUUGAAUCUGAUGCAAGAUACUACAGUGAAGGUCACGGAAAAGGGGGAUCACAUGGGAGAAUUUAGGUAAGUUGAACAUCCCACGGCUUCCCCCCUUGUCUGUACUAUGUAGGAUGGGCCUUACUGUAUAAAAGAUAAUAACAAUAAUCGAUGUGUAUAGAUUAUGUAUACAUAUGUGUAUUUGUGUAAAGCUCAUAGAUAUUAAUAAUAGCCUUCAUCGUGAAAUUAGAGGAUGCAAUGAUUGCUAUACUAAGUAGUAUUUUAAAGCGUAACAGUGUGAUCCAGAAGUGAAAAUCCCAUUCAUAAUCUGUAUAGAGGUUUUGAUUAUUAUGCUUAAUGUUGUAACCAUUAAAGGUACCAUUUUUUUCUUAAAAAUAACACUCUCCAUUGUGUGUAACAGCCACUGGGCUGAUUUGUAAAAAAAAAAUGGAACUGGGUCGAUUUUGGAAAAAUAAAGGAAGGAAGUGACGUCCGAGUGCAUAAAAACAUCAGUCCGGUUGAAAUAAUGGUCAUUUUUCCCUUCUGCAGAGCUGUCAUCACCAACAGUUGCGUCUCCACUAAAAAAUCAGUCGGGUUGAGAUAAUGGGUAUCUUUCAAAAAUUGGUUAUUCUACUACUGAGCCAACUCCCUUUAUUGAGAGGAAGAAUCCCCCUGUUUUUUCCAUGUGACAACAAUGAAAAUGGUACUGAGGUAUACUGCACACACAGGCCGCUCGAUGACUUCCCUUUUUUUACUUCAGUGAAUGUAACGUUUCUCGACCUAAGUCACACCAAGAUACGGGAAGUUGGACAGCAUCAAUUCUCUGGCAUUCCAAAUCUUAUCACUCUGAAUAUGACGGGGAAUUGUGAUCCAAAUAUCAUUCGAAAAAUUAACAACCUUCCCUGUGGAGUCAGAUUACACGAGGAUGCCUUCAGGAGUCUGCACAACCUCACUUAUCUAUAUCUGGCAGGAAACAGCCUUACCAAGUUACCCUGGUUACCGGAAAGCAUUAAGGUCCUGGAUCUUGAGAGCAACUGCAUUUUCAACAUCAUCAUCCCUUUUGGAACUCCACAUCUAGAAAAGCUCUUCCUCAAAAUGAACUGUUAUAAUGAAAACCCUUGCCACCAGUCAUUGUACAUCCAUGAGGAUGUUUACAAGGAGCUAUCACAUCUGAAAAAUCUAACCCUGGGAUACAACAAUUUAACAUCAAUACCACUAGGAUUGCCAGCUUCACUUAUGACACUGGACUUGAGAGAGAAUACAAUAACUGAGAUUCCAGAAUGGGCAUUUGCUAAUUUUCCUAACCUGGAGAAUCUAAAUCUGGAAUGGAAUUGUCAGCGUUGCGACCACGCAGCCCGCCCUUGUUUUCCUUGCCCUAACAAUGCCUCCCUACAGCUUCACCCUAACUCAUUCAAUAUUAAAAACAGCUCCAUUCGUAUUCUGAGGUUGAGGGGAAACUCUUUGAACAGUAUACCAAAAGGUAUUUUUCUCCCUUUGACAAAUUUGAGGAGGUUGGAUCUCUCUGACAACUACCUGGCCCACACCAUCCGUAAUGGUACCUUCUUUACAGAGCUAAAGCAGUUAACGUGGAUCAGCCUCAUCUAUAACUUUCAGCCAUAUAAGACAUUCCAUGAGCUGAUCCUUUCAGAACAUCUGGGAAAUGUCUCAAAUCUCGAAACCCUUCUGUUAAGCGGGAACUUUUUCCACACUGUUUCAGAACAAAGCCUUGUGGUUCUGUCCAGACUAAAACAACUUAAGAUGCUGGAGUUGCGCAUGAAUUUCAUCAGUUAUUUCAACAUGACCACUGUGGGAAUGUUAACUUCUCUCAACAAAUUAGUCCUCUCUCAGAACGCACUGAGUUACAACCCUUGCAAUGUCUCAUCUGGGAACUCUUUAGAUCAAGGCUCACAGGAUCCAAAUGUUUUUAAAUACUUUUCUGAUUCAUUCAUGCCACCACAUUCAACAGCACAUGUAUAUCAAACGCUGCCUGAAAGUGACAUGUGUAUAACUAACAAUAUAAUGUUUGGAAUGUCAAAUUUCGAGCAGAAAUUUUGCGGAAAUAAUUUGACAAUUGAUCUUUCCCAAAAUAAUCUUAUGUUCCUUCAUGAACAUGUUUUCGAUGGUAUGGAAAAUGUCUUGUGUUUAAACCUUUCUUACAAUUACGCAAGCCAGGCUUUAGAAGGUGGCCUUUUCAGUCGCUUGAAAAGCUUAGUUUACUUAGAUAUGUCAUUCAAUAGAAUUGACCUAUAUUAUAAAGAGGCAUUCAGUGAGUUGAACAGGACUUUGAAGGUGCUGGACCUCAGUCAUAAUGAGUAUCACUUUCGCAUGAAUGGAAUGGGUCAUCGUCUUGGGUUCAUUGAAAGCCUCACUAAUCUGGAAGUUUUGAAUCUUGCAAAUAAUGGCAUGGGCCAGCGAAUAGAUCCGAGACUGAGGAGCAACUCUGUGAAGUAUAUGUACUUUUCUGGGAAUCGCCUAGAUAUAAUGUGGGAUAUAGAGGGCCAGACCUACAUUAAUUUCUUUCAGGAACUCAAGGAAUUAAUCUACUUGGACAUCUCUCAGAACAUGCUACGGUCAUUCGAACAACGGAUCCUCUUUAAUCUACCAGUGAGCAUUCAAGCCCUCAGCCUUAGCAAUAAUUACCUUUUAGAUUUUCCAUGGCAGAAUAUCACAUUUUUUAGUAAUCUAACGCAUCUAAGUCUCAGUGGAAAUCACCUUUCAGUUCUGCCUAACAAUGUUACAAAGUUUCCACCACAAUUUUCCCUGUUGGACCUCAGUGGCAAUCAGAUUACCCAUCUUCCAGAUAAAUUCUUUAGCCUAGCCAACGUUUUGCAGUGUCUCUAUCUCAAUAGCAAUUCUCUCAAAGUGUUGAACCUUCAGUCAUUCCCACACCUGCUGAAAAAUGGCACUUCUCGUCAGUUGCUUACCCUGCAUGACAACCCUUUAAUCUGUGACUGUCACAACUCCGGAUUGCAUGAAUUCCUGCGGACCAGCAACACACGUAUUCCUUACCUGACCACUGCUGUUCAAUGUGAAUUCCCAGAGUCCCUGCAGGGUCAAAGUGUGCUGACCGUCGACCAGCGUUCCUGUCAGGAGAUCUAUGGUGGCUUGGGCUUCCUCCUAAGUACACUCUUCAUAUGUGCAUUUAUUGCUCUGCCGCUUUUUAGACAUCUUUAUGGCUGGGAUGUGUGGUACUGCCUACAGAUCCUAUGGGCAGGAUGUAAGGGCUACUUGCAUCCUUCUGCCAGUUGCUCGCCAAAACACUAUGAUGCUUUCGUGGUGUUUGACACAAACCACCAGGCUUUGAGAGACUGGGUUUACAAUGAGUUGGUUAUCCGUUUGGAGAGCUCAGGCCACAGAAGAUUCUCUCUCUGUUUAGAGGAGAGGGACUGGAUUCCUGGGCUUUCCUGCAUUGAAAACCUCCACCAUGCUGUCCAUAGCAGCGAGAAGACAGUGUUUGUGCUGUCCAACUGCACAAGAAAUAACGCUGGUGAGGCAACGGUCAACGGUGUGAUACAGCAGACCUUUUUCAUGGUUCAGCAGAGGCUUCUUGAUGAGAAGGUGGACGUAGCCGUUGUCAUACUGCUGGACAAGAUGUUUCCCAAGCUGAAGUACCUCCAACUAAGGACGAGGUUGUGCAGGAAGUCAGUGAUGUCCUGGCCUAGAAACCCAAAGGCCCAACCCCUAUUCUGGAACCAAAUCAGGACAGCACUGUCAUCAGACAAUCUUCAAUUAUAUGACAACAACAUUAGUGAGGGUUUCAUAUAAAUUCCACUCGUUAUACAAAGUAACAAUGUAAUAACUACUGUCUCUCUAAAAAAUGUGUGUAAAUAGGCUGAAACGCUUUUCAAAGAAGACCACCGCUAUUCAACAAUUAAUGCGAAUCUUGUGAGAUGUUAAAUAAAGCAUAAGUAAAGGUUUUAUAUAAUUGUUCCUGUUCAUUUGCAUCCCUGAUCAUGUAGCGUUUUAAUUUAAGAACAGAAAACUGAUUUUGGACAAUGUACUGGAUAUGCUGCCAUUUAGAUUAAUCAAACCAUCAUGAAACUCAUGAUAUGUAUACAAUUCAAUGAUUUUAAACGUUGAAAUGCCUUUGUGGAUCUAGAGAAGGGAUUACAGCCUACUGCUGUACUCAAUUUGUCAUGGUCUGUUGUGUUUUGGUGUGUUUCCCUGUGUUUCCCUCCUGUGUUGAUGACUGCUCCCUCCCCUAAUGUGUCUCAGCUGUUCCUCGUUGCGUGUCUUGUGUUUGUUACUUAAGCCAUUGUCUUUCCUUUGUUCCUGGUGCUGUCAUUGUGGUUUGUUGGUGCUGCGUGUUCUCUGUGGUUACCUGUGUUCCCUUGCUCCUUGCACCUUGCCUUAGCCUUUUGGCGGAAAUGAAGUGCCGUUUUCCCUAAACCGUCUGCAUCUGGGUCCUACCUGCCUGCCUGCACCCACAACCCUAACACAAUUUGGUAUAUGACAUCCGUUAAGAAUAUGGCUACAUGUUUUGGGGACCUUUUCGGUUUAGACACAGUUUAUUUGAUUUGUUUCCCUUUUCUAAAUACAUAUGGAUACUGUGGAUUGUGUUUUUAUCUAGUUCUUAAAAUCAAAGUGUUUGCCAAUUUGAGUUGGGACUGCACUCUGCUUGUAGAUAUGGCAACGGGUAACCAUAAUUGUAACAAAAAGAUUGACUUUGUUCAUUUUAAUCUAUGCAGACAUACUGUGGUUUUUUCUUGUCCUUUAUUUCCCAUGCAUUUCUUUUGGGUAAUUUUUUGUCAAACAAUCAUUUAACAAUAAAAACAA